AUGAAAAGUACGCAAUCCCCAAUUAUUAACGGCUGUGCUGUCAAGUGGGGAGGAAUCAAACUGCGAGUUUUCUCGCGCCUUUGAUCGGCACAGGCUUCUCGCAGUUGCUUAGUCCCUUACCAUAUACAUGAGUUCUACUCGUCAAGAAUGCACCCUUGGAACAUCCUGGGGCGAAGUGGCAGUUUAGAGUCAAUGAUAUCUCGAUCUGUCCUAGACUAACGAAAGAACAAACCCAAGUGAAAAGAAGACAAAUAUAGGAAAAGCCAACGAAAAGUCAGAUGAAGAGCUAUACAAAAAGGAAAGGGAAUUUCAACUCUCGUCCAAAUUCCCUACAGACACCAUACCCGUGCGUGACAACAAUAACGACACACGAUAUGCUAUUGAGUGCUCACUGGAGGCCGCGCGUUUAGUGAGCAAACUAAUUCCACAACUACAAAGGUGCAAACCAAGAAAAGCCUAUGAAACAAAUAAAGGAAAACUAAUCCUGGAAGAGAACCAACGAGCAUCCACAGGAUGA